AUGGGACAAAGACACAAUCGACGACGGACAAGACCUCGCUCUCGACGACGGAUAAACAACAACAACGCCGCCUCUCGACUCCAGCAGACAGUGGUGAUGCUUACUCCUCUUCAUCAGCCGGAGACGUACCCUUAUGCAUCGCUGCCUCUUCCACUGAGCUGCUCUCCCGGUGCUCGCAACCACUGGCAUGACCGUGUGCCCUCGGCCCAACUCUGGCAUAAUCGGUACCUGGCAUGGCAUGGUCGUAGCACUUCCACGACAUCAUCAUCUUCGACAUCUACCACCCAAGGACAAAGGCGAGAAGCAACCAAGCUAGAGGUAGAACAGUGUCGACUCUUCGGCGGCGAGCCUGGCGACGACGUGACGCUGUGUUUUCGCAUGUUGGAGUUUUUCAGCGGUCUCGACUUCAUAGAGUGA